AUGUGUGCAAAGAAAGCCGUUGGUGUCCUCGGAGCCACUGGUUCCGUGGGCCAGAGAUUCAUCCUGCUGUUGGCAGACCACCCAGACUUCGAACUGAAGUUCCUGGGCGCCUCCCCAAGAUCCGCCGGCAAGAAGUACAUCGAUGCCGUCAACUGGAAGCAGACCGAGCUGCUGCCCGAGUUCGCCAAGGACAUCGUGGUCAGCGAGUGCAAGGCCUCCGCCUUCAAAGACUGUGCCGUGGUCUUCUCAGGACUUGACGCCGAGUACGCCGGCCCAAUUGAGAAGGAGUUCAGAGACGCCGGCCUCGCCGUGGUAUCGAACGCCAAGAACUACCGUCGUGAGAGCGACGUGCCUCUUGUCGUGCCUAUCGUCAACCCAGAGCACCUCGAGAUCGUUGGCCAGAAGCUAGAGACCGCCAAGAAGGCCGGUGCCGCCAAGCCAGGUUUCAUCGUGUGCAUUUCCAACUGUUCCACCGCCGGUCUGGUCGCUCCAUUGAAGCCUCUCGUUGACAGCUUCGGCCCCAUCGACCUGUUGACCACCACCACCCUGCAGGCUAUCUCUGGUGCCGGUUUCUCCCCAGGUGUCUCCGGUAUCGACGUGCUAGACAACAUCGUCCCUUACAUCGGCGGCGAGGAAGACAAGAUGGAGUGGGAGACUAAGAAGAUCUUGGCCCCUCUCUCUGCCGACAAGUCCACCGUUAACCUCUUGUCCGACGACGAGAUGAAGGUUUCCGCUCAGUGCAACAGAGUCGCGGUCUCCGACGGUCACACCGAAUGCAUUUCUCUAAGAUUCAAGAACCAACCUCCUCCAUCUCUGGAGCAGGUCAAGCAGUCCAUGAGAGACUACGUUUGCGAAGCCUCCAAGCUCGGCUGCCACUCGGCUCCUAAGCAGACCAUCCACGUUCUGGAACAGAACGACAGACCUCAACCAAGACUCGACAGAAACAGAGACAAUGGUUACGGUGUCAGCGUCGGAAGAGUGAGAGAGGACCCUGUCUUGGACUACAAGAUGGUUGUUCUGUCCCACAACACCGUUAUUGGUGCUGCUGGUGCCGGUAUCUUGAUCGCUGAGAUCCUCUUGGCCAAGAACUACAUUUAA